UUGUUCAUCUUUGAUGGCCUGGAUGAAAGCAGACUUUCACUGGAUUUCAACAACAGGGAGGUCGUGUCUGAUGUCUCACAGAAGUCAUCUGUCAACGUGCUGCUGACAAACCUCAUCCAGGGGAAUCUGCUUCCCUCGGCUCUGGUCUGGAUAACUUCCCGACCUGCGGCAGCCAAUCAGAUCCCUCCUGCAUGUGUUGACAGGGUAACAGAAGUACGAGGCUUCACUGACGCCCAGAAGGAGGAGUACUUCAGGAGGAGAUCCAGUGAUGAAGAGCUGUCCAGAAGAAUCAUCUCACACAUCAAGACAUCCAGGAGCCUCCGCAUCAUGUGUCAGAUCCCAGUCUUCUGCUGGAUCUCUGCUACAGUUCUGGAGCACAUGUUGACCACAGAGCAGAGAGGAGAGCUGCCCAAGACCCUGACUGACCUGUACUCACACUUCCUGCUGGUUCAGACAAAGAGGAAGAAGCAUAAGUAUGAUGAGGGACAUGAGACGAGUCCACAGGAGCUGACGGAGGCUGACAGGGAAGUUCUUCUGAAGCUGGGGAGGCUGGCGUUUGAACAUCUGGAGAAAGGAAACAUCAUGUUCUACCAAGAAGACCUGGAGCAGUGUGGUCUUGAUGUCACAGAGGCCUCGGUUUACUCAGGAGUUUGUACAGAGAUCUUUAAAAGAGAGAGUGUGAUCUUCCAGAAAACAGUCUACUGCUUUGUUCAUCUGAGCAUUCAGGAGUUUCUGGCUGCAGUCUACAUGUUCCACUGUUACACAGAGAGGAAGACAAGAGAGCUGAGGACUUUCCUGGGACAAGAUGACAAACUCUGGGACUCAAAGCCAGACAGCUACCCAUCACUCGAUGUCCUCCUGAGUGAUGCCAUGAAGAAAUCCCUCCAAAGUAAAAAUGGCCACCUGGACCUGUUUGUUCGCUUCCUUCAUGGCCUGUCUCUGGAGUCCAACCAGAGACUCUUAGGAGGCCUUCUGGGUCAGACAGAGAACAGACCAGAAAUCAUCCAGAGAGCCAUCAACAACCUGAAGGAGAUGAACAGAAGUUAUAUCUCUCCUGACAGAAGCAUCAACAUCUUCCUCUGUCUGAUGGAGAUGAACGACUGCUCAGUACAUCAGGAGAUCCAAGAGUUCCUUAAGUCAGAGAACAGAUCAGAGAAGAGACUCCCUGAGAUCCACUGUUCAGCUCUGGCCUACGUUCUGCAGAUGUCAGAGGAGGUUCUGGAUGAGUUGGACGUGAAGAAGUACAACACAUCAGAGGAGGGACGACGGAGGCUGAUCCCAGCUGUGUGGAACUGCAGA